UCUUAAGUUCCAACGGUUCUGGGCAUCCCAAUUCCAUGGCAAUGAAAAUGUUGAUGACCCUUCAAACAAUAGCUUUAAUCUUAUCGCACUUGCCUCUUAUUAGCCCCAUCAAUCUUAGCUAUCCAGCAGUCUUUAACUUUGGUGAUUCCAAUUCAGACACUGGAGGCAUAACUGCAGGUAUUGCUUUUCCUGUUGGUCAACCCAAUGGCGAAACCUACUUCCUCAGGCCCUCCGGCCGGUUCUGCGAUGGUCGUUUGAUCAUCGAUCUGCUCAUGGAUUCAAUGGGACUGCCAUUUCUGAAUCCAUAUUUGGAUUCUGUUGGUGCACCAAGUUUCCAAAAGGGGUGUAAUUUUGCUACUGGGGGGUCCACCAUACUCCCGGCCAAUGAAGCUUCAUUGAGCCCGUUUUCCUUCGGGAUUCAAGUGUCUGAAUUUGUCAGAUUCAGAGCUCGAGUUCUUCAACUACUCGCAAAAGACAAGAGGCUCAGUAAAUCACUUCCUUCAGAAAGUUACUUCAAGCAGGGUCUAUACACAUUCGAUAUGGGACAAAACGAUCUUGAUGGUGCAUUUUAUUCAAAAUCAGAAGACCAAGUUGUUGCUUUAAUCCCAAGUAUCAUCUCAGAAUUUGAGACUGGAUUAAAGAGAUUAUAUGACGAGGGAGCUAGAAAUUUUUGGAUACACAACAUGGGUCCCCUCGGAUGCCUACCGAGAAUUAUUGCAAAAUUUGGAAAAGACCCAUCAAAGCUGAACCAGUUUGGAUGCGUUACUUCCCACAACAAUCUUGCCACUGCUUUCAAUACACAACUACGUGAUCUUUCUGUGAAGUUCAGGGGACAAUUUUCUGAAGCAAAUGUUACUUUGGUUGACAUUUUCUCAAUCAAAUCUAACCUCAUUGCAAACUACUCCCAAUAUGGAUUCAAGCAACCAAUUGCAGCUUGCUGUGGGUAUGGUGGGUUGCCCUUGAAUUUUGACAAUAGAAUUGCCUGUGGAGAAACCAAAACUCUGAAUGGGACCUCGGUGACAGCAACACCAUGUAAUGACACAUCAGAAUAUGUGAAUUGGGAUGGAAAUCAUUAUACAGAAGCUGCAAAUAAAUAUGUUUCAUCACAGAUAUUGUCAGGAAAUUACACCGAUCCACCUCUCUCUAUGAAUUUUCAGUUUCUUAUGGGGUCCGAGUUUUAUGACCCAAACAUAAUGUAAUUAACUCUUCAAAAUCCUACAUUGAAUCAUGAAUUUGGUUCAUUGGUUAGAUUUAAAAACUACCAUAUAUGUUCUUUGCUUUGCUUUCUUUUUUUCUUUUAAUAAAUAUGGUACCCGUGGUGGGAGCGCUUGCGUUUACACCCAGGGUCCAGGGUUCGAAUCUCGGAAACGACUUCUCUUUUGGAGAGUAAGGCCGCGUACAUAUGAGAUUGAUCUUUCCUCUGAACCUGUUAUAGUACGGGAGCUUCUUUGAUACUGGGGUCGCCUUUUAAUAAAUGUGGUACCCGUGGAUUUAUAA